CCUCACGAUGCCAUUCAGUCGUUGCCCCUCUCUCUCGUUUAUCAAUUAUGCUCAUAUCUGAGAUCGCAUCUGAGAAAUGGAGUAGCACAGAUCUCACCAAAUAAGCUUAAUUAACAGGCGGUGGCCCAAGAAUUGUAGCCCUUGAGCAAACAACAACGACGCUCUUUGAUCCCCUUGAACCAUCGUCACCUUCUCUCUCCCUCGUCCCCCUCCCCCUCUCAAGCUUGCUCAAGAACACUCGACGCCAAGGCCUCACACCUUCUCCACAACACAUCCAUGGAGUGUAACGACUCCCUCAUACACCAGAGACACAGCUGCCCAUUGAUAGGUACCUUAAACCAGAACACCUGCCUCGCCAUUUGCAAGCCAUGGCAUUAAAUGUCUCUGUUUUUUCUUGUCUGGAAGCCAAUGUUAAUUGGAUACAGCACUGCUGACGAGCGAGUCGAUCCCUUCUCCAGAAGCCAUGGAUUGUCAUCGUUGAUUGGUACAGGUAGAACUCGCCAGGCCCUCUCAAAAUUAUUUCGCGACCGGCUUUCAGGGGUGUGUUGGCUGACGGAAGAGAAUUCUCAGGCCCGACAAAAACAGAGAUCAAUCACUGGCACUUUUUGGUCCCACUUGGAUACGCAGACUUCGCUUGCAGAAAGUCAAGGGCGUCAUGGAUAGCCCUAGGCUGGAGAACUCGG